UAGAUGGAUUGCCUGCAUCACUGUUCAGUGAACUUGAUAAAAGCGCAUCCGGUUCUCAAUUGUUAUGUUCUUAGAGGAAGACCGAAUGUUGUCAAACAGAUAACCAGUCGGUUUAUCACCCAUGAUACUCGAAUAGGACGAUUUCCAAUAUAUAAAAUUGAGAUGAAACGUGCCGCAUCACCAAUAUCUACAGCCACUUUGAGAGUUAAAAGGCCUCGGGUAAAGGCGCCAGAAUAUCAUCUAACCCCAUCGAUACGGGAUGAAUCUGGGGAAAUCAUAUGGCCGGCUCCUAACAAUCAGAUCGAAUGCGCUCGCGAUUUCAUUCUAGAGUGCGUUUCCGCAAAGAAGAAGACAUUAAUCGUACCUGAUAAGGACGCUGAUGGAUUGUCAUCAGGUGCUAUCUUACAGAAGACUUUGAUCCUCCUUGGAUUAGAGCCUAAUUUGAUAUCGGCACACUUGCUUCAGAAGGGAACUAAUCUUCACGAUGAGAGCGAGCGUGCUGCCAUGGCUGUCUAUAAGCCUGAUUAUAUCUUCAUUCUUGAUCAGGGAUCACGCCAGUCGCCUCCAGUCAUCGAUACUCCUCAUAAGGCUUUGAUAAUCGACCACCACUGGGCACUAGAAGAUGACUUCCCGAAAGGCUCGCAUCGUGUUACGGCAUGCCACUCCCCACCAGUAGCUACUAGUUCACUCCUCACCUAUCACAUAUGCAAUGAGUUGCAUCCGGAGGUCCAGAGAAGUUGCGAUUGGCUAUGCGUACUUGGUACUCAUGGAGAUUUAGGGAAUAGUUUGAAGUGGGAGCCACCAUUUCCAGACAUGCAGGCCACCUUUAAGACCUACACUAAGAGCGCUAUAAACGAGGCCGUGUCACUUAUCAACGCCCCUCGUCGAACCGCCACUUACGACGUUCCCGCAGCUUGGGCUGCCCUAACCGCCACGGACUCCCCCAAAGACCUGCGUCAGAAUAGCACUCUUCUAGCGGCUCGAGCUGAAGUGAAUGCUGAGGUGGAGCGAUGCGCCCGCGCAGCCCCUAAAUUUUCAGGCGAUGGAAAAAUUGCUGUAAUCCGCGUCAACUCCGCAGCGCAAGUUCACCCAGUGAUAGCGACGCGUUGGGCGGGGCACCUGGAGUCACCGAAACUUCAUGUUGUCUUAGUAGCCAACGAAGGAUACCUUCCCGGAAUGGUGAAUUUCUCGUGCCGUAUUCCUCGGAGCGCGCGUGAGAGAGAUCCACCGGUAAAUAUUAUCGAGAUCUUGCAAGACAUCGUGGCGAGGGCGCCGGACCCGACUCUGCGGGAGAGACUCGGCGAGUCGUAUGCAAGAGGACACAAAGAAGCUAGCGGAGGUAUUGUCCCAAAAGCAGAGUUUGAGGAGAUUUUAGAGAUCUUGGAAAUUGGGAAAAAGCCCGCAAACAGUAGUAGUCCGAAAAAGGCCAAGGGGGCGCGUUUGAAGCAGUCGAAUACUUUGACGAAUUAUUUUAGCAAACAAACAGCGUAAUUGCUAUAUAGU